GUGUUUUCUGUUGUCAUUGAUGGCUCUAUAAUUAUAUGGCAUAGGCUCAGUUAUUUCGCUUCAUGCACGGUAAUUUUUAUUCCGUGCAAAUAUAAUGGGAAAUAUGUUUGGCAGUCCGAAACCAGGCAUUAUUGCAGUGGUGGGAGACAGAGUUGCUGGCAUACAGCCAACCUUGCAUCAUAAGGCACUGAACAUACCUACAACACAGGGAGCACAUGACACUCGAGAAGGAACGAAGAGUGGACAUUGGCUUGUCCUUACCACUCGACUCGCUGAAACAUCACUUGUAAAAGAGUUGCAUGAUAUACCCAGAUAAUGAACAUGGAUCAAGUCAUUCUAAUCUCAAGUGACUCAAGCGCACCAGCUUCUCCAGAAAAUUAUCAAGAUAAUUAUUAUAAAAAUGAUUUCAAGUCUUCUGAUGUCUCACCAGAAAAAUCACUUGUUGUGCACAAAACAGUGGAGAGUCUUGUAAAAAUGAGCCAGGAUAGUGGGCUUAGUCUUGGUGUCAGUCCCCAGCAAAAGGACAGAGAUGUUUUAUCAGAAGCAUGCCUGCGUGAAUAUGAUUCUGACAUAGUGGACUUGGGAUACGGUGAGAUACCAUAUGAAGAUGUUGGAUCUAAUAUACAUCCUUCUGCUGAUAUAGUAGCCUUGAAAGACACAGCUGAUAAUCUGGGUACCAAUUCAGGAAACAGUGGAAGCGAUUACAAUAUGAAAGAAAACCCUCCAGAUUUGUUUUCCGAAGCAUUAAAUCAGUUACGAACACUUUUACCGUCAUCACAUGACAAGGAGGACGAUCAAAAGAAGAAGAAGAAAGGUAGAAUUAAUAAAGAAGCAAUUCUGGAAGAGAAAAUGCAGAAAAAAGCCGAAAAGGAGAAGAAGAAAGCAGAGGCAGCCCUGGAUAAAGCUAUGAAACAAGCAGCAGCAGCAUCAAGUCGCCUCAAAAAGCCAGGCGAGUGUCUCAAGACUAUUAAGGUUGUUGUGGAUAAUGCACUGAUACAAGAAAAGUUUGGAGGAGCUCUGUUGUCUGCCUUGGAAGAAAUAGAGGUAGAACGUUGUAUGCAGUCACAGCCCAUCCCAAGCACUGUUACAUGGCUGCGCCAGAUCAUCGAACACAGCAUUGACGAAGACAGCCAGAAGCUAGAAGUGAUUACAAAGUACAAAGAAGAGGACUAUGCUUUGUUGAUAUGGACGUGGGAUAUGGUAAAGAGUCAGAUGCAGUCAGGCAUAUUUAUUGCAUCUGUAUUAUCUGUUGCGUCAUCACUUCCUGGCAAGAAGAUGACACUUUUAAUUUAUGACUCUGAGAAAUAUUCAAGGAACAAGAAACCACAGAAGAAGGGAAGUUAUUACACAGAAUCAUCACCAUCCGAAGAUGAGCUGCUGGAGGCCCUCGUAGAAUUGCAGUUGCGACACGGCUGUCAGUAUCAUCUUGUGCACACCCCAGAGGAGCUUGGUGCAGCAAUUGGGCAGCUUACAAAGGCUAUUGCUGUGAAACCAUUCAAAUUGGAAAAGCAGGAGGAACAGAUGAAAGAGACAGACUGGUUUGCAGCAGGUGACUCUAACGACUGUGUGAAGGUGGACAAACACGGCAACGGGAUGCUGCAGCUGUGGCGGCAGCAGCUAUGCCAGUUCCCACUGGCGAGCUUAGCCACAGCCGAAGCUAUUUCCGCUGUUUACCCUUCACCACGUGCCCUUCUAGAGGCCUACAAGUGCUGCAAAAGUGAAAAAGAGGGGCUGCUGCUACUGCAAGAUAUAAAGGUGCGACGUGCAGCAGGGCCACUGGCAACUGUACAAAGAAUAGGACCUGAGCUCAGCAAGAAGAUUUUUAAAUUUUUUAAUUCCAGUGAUGGAGAUGAAUUGUUGUAAUUCUGUAUGCAUGACAAAUUUUUUUAAAAACUGUUUUUAUAAAAAGUUUUAAAACUGUGUACGAGUAUUGAGAAAUAUUUUAUUCAAAGCAGAAAAUCGUGUAUUAAUUAAAAUAAUGCAAUUGCAUGUGUAUUUUAUAGAAUUGUUAAAAAUGUAGUUGAUAAGUUAUAUUUCAAAAAAAUUAUUUUAGUGACUAUCAUAUUGUAAAUAAAAAUAUGUAACCUCCCCGGCGGAAUAUUACUUCAUUACUGAAUACAAAAGUAUUCCAGAAAAUAUUUAUAGAAUACAACAUGCUGAACUGAAUUUGUGUAAGUAACAGUUGCAGCAAUGAAAUAUUGCAACUUUGAAUUCAAGCAGACUCAAUAUGUAUUGUAAAUUUGUUUGCAAACUUCAAAAUUGUUGGUGGAGCUUUCUAGCAUGUAUCAGACCGUGUCACUAAAACUUGUUGGGUAAGAACACACGUCAAAUGAGCAUAGUGUUCUGUGCGUGUCACAAAUAUCAAAUUGUUAUGUCACGCGACUUUGUUUUGAUACUGUUUGUUUACAUUUUGCACUAAGACAGAAACAUUAAUUUUACACUCAUUUCUCCUGUUUUUAAACAUUUAUUUAUUAGUAAUAACAAUGGUGAAUAAUUGUUGCUUCUAUAGAAACAAAUCAAAAUGUAUAAAAUGAAGAAAAGUUGUUUUUUCAUAUGUAUGUAUC